GGAGAUGCGGCGCCUGCUGACGGAGGCGGCACUGGCGGCGUACGGCAACCUGGUUCGCAGCGACCGCAGGGACAUCGCCGCCAGUAACGGGGCUGAUGCGGACGGCGGCAGCGGCAGCGGCGGGGGUGGUCUGGCGGCGGUGGCGGCGGAGGUGGCUGCCGGGUGUGCGGAGGGUGCAGAUGCUGAGCGGGCAGUGCGGGUGCUGGCGGGGUCACACAGUCCGCUGGAGCUGCUGCAGAUGUACCUGGGGACCGCUCCUUCCCCACCUGCUGCCCGCUCCUCCUCCUCCUCCGCCCCCUCCUCCCCCUCCUCCUCCGCCCCCUCGCUGCUCUCCCUGGAUGACGAGGUGGCGGCGCUGCGGCGGCCCGGGGUGGAUGGCGCGCCCUUCACCGGGCUGUUCAGCGCCGCCAAGGCGCUGGGGACGCUGUCCGUGCGAAGGGUGAUGCGGGAGGCCUACUCCGCCGCGGGUUGCCCCUACGACGGCCGCACGGAGCCCCGCUGCCUGCGUCCCCCGUCUGCCGCCGCCGCCGCAGUGGCCGCGGAGGCCGCCGACUUCCACCGGGCGCUUGCCGUACUGGACGAGGAGCGGGUGGUGGGGCCGGGGGCGGAGGUGCACUUCUGGAGGUGGCGGGGCGGCAUCACGGACUACUGCGUAGCCGAGCCCAGCCCAGGAGGUGCGCCAUCAGCAGCCGGCGGAGGGGGUGAGCAGGAGCGCCCAGCCGUGCUGCUGGUUCAUGGUUUCGGGGCGUUCGGCGACCAGUGGCGGGGCAACAUGGGCGCGCUGGCAGCGGAGGGGUUCCACGUGUUCGCUCCCACCUUCCCGGGGUUCGGACGCAGUCAGAAGGCCGCUGUGCCGUACAGCCAGGACCUGUGGAGGGACUUCCUGAGGGACUUUAUCCUGCAGGUCGUACGGCGGCCGGUGGUGAUUGUUGGCAACUCCAUCGGCGGCUUCAUCUCCGCCAGCCUUGCUGCGGACUACCCGGGGCUGCUGCGGGGGCUGGUGCUGGUCAACAGCGCGGGCCCCAUCGACCCCUCCUUCACGCCUGCCGCCUGGCGCGCCGCAGUGGCCGCCCGCCGCCCCGCGCCGCCCGCGCUGCUGGUGUCCGCCGUCUCCACCGCGCUGUUUUGGUACCUGGAGCGCACCGUGCCCUCCACGCUGCGCUGGCUCUACCCCACAAACCCGGACAAGGCGGACCAGUGGCUGGCGCAGGAGAUACUCAGGGCUGCGGGCGACAGCGGUGCGCUGGAUGUGUUCCGUGCCGUGUGGUACCUGCCGCCCCCCCGCGCACUCAACUGGCUGGUGGCGGAGGGCUGGCGGGGGCCCACGCUAGUGCUGCAGGGCGCGCUGGACCCGCUGAACGACGCGCGGGGCCGGGCGCUGCAGUUGGGGCAGCUGUGCGCCAACGUGAGGGUCAUGCUGCUGGAAGCGGGCCACUGCCCCCAUGAUGAGGUCCCCGAGCUGUUCAACGAGGGGCUGCUGGGCUUCCUGCGCAGCGAGGUGCUGCUGCUGCCGGGCGGCGCGGAGGAGGGCGGGGGUGCAGGGGGGCAGGGCGGCAGCAGGGCGGCGGAGCAGGAGGGGCGGGUGCAGGGAGGCCGUGGGCAGCCCGCUGCGGCGCCGGCUGCCAGAGUAGAGUGAAAAGGAGUUGAGCGAGGAGGCGCGAGGGGAGGUUGAGGAGGGUUGGACGGGGCGGAAGUGUGGGGGUAGGAGAAGGGCGGCUGCUUGUACGGGGAUGCCAGGAAAAGUGGUCAAUUGGUGUAAAACGUGUGCGGGUAGGCGGUUAAGUGUGCUGUGGCGUGAAGUAAAGCAGGGGGGCAGACGGGGUAGGGGUAGAGGAAAUGAGUAGGCGCAUGAUCCAGCCGGUUGCUUCCUUCCUCAUCGCACGACACGACGACGCCGUGGUUGGCUGCCCACCCUGCCGUGAGGGCGGCAGAGGGGCAUUCGGCACGGUAGAGCGGUGUAAAGACACAUCGCUGAAA